UCACUUAUAAACAAAGACACAAGGGAAAAAUGACAUUCAGAAAAGUGAACAUUGCCAUCCUUGUACUUGCUAUUGUUAUAUUUUUAUUAGUUCUGCAUCACAAUCUUCUAGGUCUCAGUGACUUUUUGAAACGAGAUGUAGCAGAUUCAAGUCCAUUAGGACUCCAGCCUAUAGAUUUCAUACCCGAGGCUCCUCAAAGGCUGACUGAUGAAAUAAAUGAUCAGGAAAUUCCUGUGGUCAUUACAGCAUCGGAUGACAGGCUUGGAGGUGUAAUUGCAGCCAUGAACAGCAUUUAUCAUAACACUAAAUCCAACGUGGUGUUCCAUAUUGUCACUCUAAAUGAUACAGUGGACCAUUUGAGGGCGUGGCUGAGUAAAACUGCUCUGAAAAAGGUGAAAUACCGAAUUUUGGAUUUCGACCCUCGUGUUUUGGAAGGGAAAGUGAAAGUGGAGUCUGAACAGGCAGAUUCCAUAAAACCAUUAACCUUUGCAAGAUUCUACUUACCUAUGUUCGUUCCUCAUGCAGAGAAGGCCAUAUACAUGGAUGAUGAUGUAAUAGUGCAAGAUGAUAUCCUUGAACUUCACAACACACCACUGAAACCUGGCCAUGCAGCUGCAUUUGCAGAUGACUGUGACUCAACCUCUAAUAAAUUUGCCAUCCGUGGAGCAGGGAAUCAGUACAAUUAUAUUGGAUUUUUAGACUAUAAGAAACAAACAAUCCGGAAGCUCGCCAUGAAAGCCAGCACCUGCUCUUUCAAUCCAGGGAUCAUUGUUGCUAAUCUAACAGAAUGGAAACUACAGAACAUCACUAAGCAAUUGGAGAAAUGGAUGACACUUAAUGUAGCAGAGGACUUAUACAGCAGAACUCUGGCAGGUAGCAUUGCCACACCACCACUGCUAAUUGUAUUUUACAAGCAACAUUCUAAUAUUGAUCCCAUGUGGAACGUCCGACAUCUUGGCUCUAGCACUGGAAAAAGGUAUUCUCCUCAGUUUGUGAAAGCUGCCAAGUUGCUCCAUUGGAAUGGGCAUUUCAAACCCUGGGGAAGAACAGCUUCAUAUGCUGAUGUCUGGGAGAAGUGGUACAUCCCGGAUCCUACUGGCAAGUUCAGCCUGAUCCGCAGACACUCUGAGAUCUCUGAGUCCAAGUAAAUGGAUUUUAUG